CAACGCUGAGAUAAAAUGAUCUGAUGUUCACUUUCGUAAACCAGUUACUUCCAUCACAUCGUUGGGAUAACACGCAUACAAACCAUGAACGUAUCACUCGUAGAAGACGAAUUUGGGCACAUUGAAGAUGACAAAGGACAACAAAAAACUAUCAAAAGAUAUACCUGGACGAACAUCAACAAAGUGAGUAUUCAAGUGAUAACGUAUGGAGGUUACAUAACGUCGAUUAAAAUCCCAGACAAAAACGGUGUCAUUGAAGAUAUAGCUAUUGGUUUCAAAAACAUUGACGGCUACUUGAGUCCAGCAAACCGGUUCUUUGGAGCAACAAUAGGGAGAGUAGCUAACAGGAUAAAGGAUGGUAAAAUGACAGUGGAAGGUGUAGCGUACAGUCUAGCAACGAAUAAUGGUCCCAAUCACCUUCACGGAGGUAUCAAAGGUUUCGACAAGGUUAUCUGGGAAUCAUAUGUGAAGGGAACAACACUCUAUUUGAGUUACCAUGCAGACGAUAUGGAAGAAGGGUAUCCAGGGGAUAUUCUUGCGACUGUUAGUUUCCAGUUAACUGCUGAAAAUGAUUUUCUCAUAGAUUACAAAGCUACCACGACGAAACCCUGUCCGGUCAAUUUGACGAAUCAUUCUUAUUUUAACCUCGCUGGUAAUGGGAAAGGUUCGGCAGAAUUAUAUAAACACAUCGUAUCUCUGAAUGCUGAUAAGAUAACAGAAGUCGACAGUCAAGGCAUACCAACAGGAAACCUCCCGAGCGUAGCAAACACCGUUUUCGAUCUCCGAGUCCCGAAAGUUUUAGGGGACGUUAUUCACAAAGUUCCAGGUGCACCUGGUUUCGACCAUAACUUCUGCAUUACAAGAGGCUCUGAACAAUGCAAUGCCUUCGUGGCUAGGGUUGCCCAUACAGGUAGUGGACGAGUGAUGGAAGUUUACAGCAAUCAACCUGGUGUGCAGUUUUACACCAGCAACUUUCUUCCCGAAGGAGACGAUUUGAUGGGAAAAGACGGCUUCAUUAAAAAACAUGGGGGAUUUUGUCUGGAAACUCAGAAAUAUCCUGAUUCUAUAAAUCACGAAAGUUUUCCAAACUCAAUCCUGUAUCCAGGGGAGCAGUAUCAUCAUACAACAACUUUUAGAUUCAUUGUAGAAAAACAAUAAUACAAUUAAUAAAAUGAAGAAACAAUUGA